AUGUCCAAGAGAGAGAUACAUCGCUUUUCCAAAGAAGAAGAUGAUAAGAUAAUUGCAGUGUUUAAGAGGCAAAAAGAGAAUACAAAGAGGGCAUUAGAUAUUCUUGAGAAAAGAUUUCGUAGGACUCACACCAGACGUGCUAUUUUCGAACGUUUUAAAGGCUUUUUAAGUCAAAAUCGCGAUGAAUGGACCAAAAACGAGGACAAGUUAAUUCUUGAAUCAUACAAAAUAUAUGGAAAUAAAUGGGCUAUAAUUGCAAAGUUCCUUAAAAACAGAUCUGGUGAUCAAGUAAAAAUACGUCACAAACAGCUUGUCAGGAAAAAUGACCCAAGAUACCGAGUAGAAGAACCAGCUCCUGAAACACCACCUAACACUCAAAAGCAACAUAAUGAAGACUUUUGGACCAAUGUACUUACUAAUUUCGAUAUCGAUGAAGAUCAAAUUAAGUUGUUGUUCAUAUAA